AUGGUUACCAAGUAUCUCUACUCAACUGGGACAUCAGACAUUGGAGAGGCCAAGAAUUUUCCUUGGGAAUACCGAGUCCCAGAUACCGAGUUCUUUGACCCCUCAGGCUUCAAAGUCGGCAGUACGUUCUUAGCAUGUUUCUCGGAAGAGGAAGCACAAGAUAUGGGUCUCGAAUCGAAAUUAUCCCUUAGCAAGACUGAGAAGCUUGCGUUGCUCUUACAGACUUUGCAAGACAAACUCAAGUUCGAGGACGAUACUGCGAAACCGUUGAGUUUCUACCAAGUUAACUAUGAUAAUUGGAGAAAAGUGGUUUUUAGUACGAUUUAA